UGUCAAUUAAUUCAUUUAUUACAUUUAAACACUACAUGAUUAGUUAUAUGUGAAUAACCAAGUAAUGUGAGUUGGUACAGAGAGGUAUAGACAUGCCGCGGCGCACCUGGAUGCAUUUCUCUCUGUACAAAGGAGAGGAAAUAGAUAUAUUAUGGAAAUCGUGAGUAUAUUCUGAGCCUUGCACAAUGUCGAGCGUUUAUAAAAAUGAAGGGGAAAUUCAUAAUGUGUUGGACCAGGAAUGUGUUAACGGGUGUAAUCCUCUGGACAAAAGUGAGAUUAGACUAAGGGUUUUCGAUUCCUCUCAUAACAUUUCACAAAUCUUAAAAUUUAUUCCCUUUUAUGAAAGGUUAAUGCUAAGGAUUGUGAAUUCUAAGUGGAAUCUCAGUUUUUAUUUUUCCGGUUGUUGGGAAAACCUGGACUACCGGUUUUACGACCUGAAAAAACACGAAUUUUACCUAAAGCAUUUGAAAAGGUUUAUAGUUUCAAUAAAGAAGCUUGAAAUUUGCAUUGACCAGAUUUCAGAUUUAAACAAGCUUUUAAAAUCAAUAGAAAAUGAAGAUUUAUAUCCCCAGUGUGUAGGCCUUAAAGAGGAUUGUAAAAUAGAUAAUGUAUCCAACUGCAGUAUUGAGACUCCAGACUUUAUCGAAACUGAUACGGAGUCUAAUUAUGAUGAUAACUUGAGUUUUAUCAAUUACUCCACUAAUGAUCCCAGUCCAGACUACAUUUCAGAUGUAGACUUUGAUAAUCAUUAUUUCAAUGAAGACGUUGAAACUAAUUUAAAUCCUGAGGAAACAGCAAAUUCUACUGGUUCCCCUAGAUCUGACGAUGCUUGUUCUAUUGAUGACUGUAUUGAUGAGCUUAAAACACUUCUAUCGUCUUUAAAGAACCUCAACAACUUAUACGUUAGUGAUAGGCUUAGGAAACACAAUUUGGUUUAUUCUAGGAUCAGUCCAGUUAUACUUGAAUUUAUUGACUCUAAUUCUCUUUCUAUCAACUCUUUGAAAAACUCAAUCAACACUUCUCCAUACCCUUCACUAUCUUCUAACUAUUUCAGUUUAACCAACUUGGUUUUAGACUGUCCUGUGAACUUAAACUUUAUUUUAGAACUUGUUCCCCUAAUAAAGAAUGUCAGAAACCUAGUGAUCUCCAGAGUUGCUCAGGAGGAUUCUGACUUAUCAAUUUGUUCUGUCGUUUCUGAACUUCUGGAACAUAUUCCCAAAUCUCAGCUGGAAUCAAUUCAAAUCGGCAAGACCAUCCAGAAUGUUAAAAGCCUGAAGAAACCUAGCUUUUCCAGUGAAGCUAGGGCUAGACACGUCAACAGACUUAGUAUGGCCUCUGGUCUUUUCCAUACCUCUGAUGAUUCUGAGGAAGGAGAUGAACUAGUCUAUCUUCUACUGUCAAACCAUUCAAAUUCUCUAAAAAUUAUUAUCUUGGAGGAUAUAGAAAUUUCAUUUUCUGCUUUUGAUAAAAUUAGGAAUUUAGAGAAUUUAAGAUACUACAGAAUCCCUGUUUGGAGUAGUUUAAGUGAGUUCUUCCCUCCUAAUUUCGUUAUAUGAUGAUAC